AUGCGAGGCAACAGCAAGCAGCUCGGCAAGGCCGGCGCCGUCCACAAACCGCGUUCAGUAGGCAAAGGAUCUGAUCAAGAUUCUUCAAGCACUGCUUACAACUACCUCACUCCGAUCAAGAGUCGACAGAUCCGGCUUGUCAAUCUGCUCCCCGGAUUCUUGGACGACCCCAUCAGACUCAGGGUUGAAGUCAUUUCGUUGGACGAUGAGAACAUCAAACCCUUCGAAGCUCUGUCUUAUUUCUGGGGAGACGAGUCGAGAACACGGACCAUCUAUUGCGAGGGGGAGAUGGUGCACGUCACAGUCAACCUCUUUUCUGCAUUGACUUACUUGCGGGAACACAUGGAGUCUCGCGUGCUGUGGAUUGAUGCUCUUUGUAUCAACCAGGGCGACAAGGCUGAGAAGUCAGCACAAGUCGGAAUCAUGGGCGAGAUCUACAAGACCUGUAGAAAAGGCAUACUCUGGAUAGGAGAGGAAACUGAGGAAAUCGACGACUGGUGCGCAUUCGAGACAUUCGGAACCUGCGAAACACUUGGCUUCGUGCCCAGAAUACCCGUCGACAUUGAAUCAUACUCCUCCGAUGACGGCGAUGGCGAAGAUCCGGAUCAUCGCCCGAACAAGGCCAGUUAUGGAGUGUCCAGCCCUAUUUCAAAUGCUUCUGUGCGGUGUGAGUGGCACGGAAAUCGACCAAGAAUGUCGGAAGCAUUCAAGCUCCUGGAAAUCCUGGCCGAGGGGAUCCAUCUAUACAAAAUACCUGGCUUCGCCUAUCUCACAUCGCGAUACAACACCGAUGAUCGCCGGUUCGUGGAACCAAUCCAAGCGCUGUGGGCCUUGAUACGGCGUCCUUGGUGGAAACGCAUCUGGACCGUGCAAGAGACCGUGUUGCCCAAGGAGACGACGCUUGUAUGUGGGGCUCUGAAUAUACGGUGGGAGACAAUAGUGAAUGCAGCCUUGCAGUUACAACACCAUGCCAAAGCUAGCUGCUGCGCCUCACUGUACGAAAAAGUCGUUGGCUACCUGUCAUACCCCACCCAUGGCCGACCCACGUACGAGAUACUGGAGCUUUUUCCCCAGGAUAUCAAGACUUUGCACAGAGUCCGCGGCAGCCUCUCACAUCCAGAAAGCUUGGAGCUACUACAACUUGUCCAGUCCUUCGGCCACCGUGAAGCGACGAACCCCCGCGACAAGAUAUACGGGCUUCUCGGACUUCUCCAUGAAGGUCAACGAUUGAUAGACGUCGACUACAAGCUGGACAUGACGACUCUGAACAGGGAGCUCAGCAAACGCAUUAUCCAGUCACCAGAACGACUAUACAGCAACUUCUCUAUCAUGUACGGGGAUGGGAGGCACGUACAUUCGAGUCCCCUCCCGUCAUGGGCGCAAGACUUCAGCCGCACGCUCGACCGCACCGGCCAAAGCAUCGAGGAAGAUCGCGAACGGAACCGCAGGGAGUACAACGCAUCUGCAAACAGAGCUACCGCGGUCGUCCACCACGGGGGAGCGGUGAUGUCGAUGCACUGCGUCCACGUCGGCCAAGUCGCCAAGACCACCGACGCGGCCUGCACCAAGCUCGAAGCGGAGACGGUCAAGCAUUUCCUGUCGAGCAAAUGCGCGCCCGUGAUCGAAUACCGCAGCCGGAAGAACCUGCUCUACCCCGUCUGUCCCGGCACCGCUCGGGACCCGGACACCGACGUCGAAAACCGAGAGGCCUUCUACCGAGCCAUCUUUGGAAACCGCCGCGCUUCCGAGGCCUCGGACGGCGCCAAACGGAUUCCUACCAAGAGCGAUAUCGAUCAGCUGAAGACUUGGGUGUUCUUCUGGCCCAACGAGCACCUCCCGGACAACAUCCGUUCCCAACUGCUCUCGGACAUCGGCUUUCAUGUCUUCAACCGCAAGUUCUUCAUCACAAAGGGAGGGCUGGUCGGGUUCGGCCCGUCCAACAUGGAACCAGGCGACGAUAUAUGGGUUCCCAGCGGCAGCAAGGUUCCCUUCGUUUUUCGACCGCUGGAUGGUCGCGGGCCGAAGGAAAUGGGGUAUUCUCCAUCCGACAGUAAGCUCGAGCCUACCAGACACUGGCGCAAUGUAGUUGGCGACUGCUACGUGCACGGGGUAAUGGAGGGUGAGACCGCGGGCGUUAGGGAAUACGUAGUGUUUGUGAAGUGA